AGUGACCUGACUCCUGAGGAGCGUCAAGAGUUGGAGAACAUCCGACGCCGGAAGCAGGAGCUGCUGGCUGACAUACAGAGGCUGAAGGAUGAGAUAGCAGAAGUGGCCAAUGAGAUUGAGAGCCUGGGCUCCACAGAGGAGAGGAAAAACAUGCAGAGGAAUAAACAGGUAGCCAUGGGCAGGAAAAAAUUUAACAUGGACCCUAAAAAGGUUCUCCCGGGCCCCGUGUUCUCCACGCUCAGUGUCCACGCACCCGGCCAGGUCCUCCCCUCACCCCCGUGUUCUCCACUCUCAGUGUCCGUGCACCCGGCCAGAGACGAGUUUAACAUCCAGGUGCUUCAUGCGUUUGUGGAGCUGCAUGAGUUCACGGACCUCAACCUUGUCCAGGCGUUGCGGCAGUUCCUGUGGAGUUUCCGGCUACCCGGAGAGGCGCAGAAGAUCGACCGGAUGAUGGAGGCGUUUGCGCAGCGGUAUUGCCAGUGCAAUCACGGGGUCUUCCAGUCCACAGACACUUGCUAUGUGCUGUCCUUUGCUAUCAUCAUGUUGAACACCAGCCUCCACAACCCCAACGUCAAGGACAAGCCCACCGUGGAGAGGUUCAUUGCCAUGAACCGAGGCAUCAACGACGGAGGGGACCUGCCUGAGGAGCUCCUGCGGAACCUGUAUGAGAGCAUAAAAAACGAGCCCUUUAAGAUCCCAGAGGAUGAUGGCAACGACCUCACUCACACCUUCUUCAACCCGGACCGAGAAGGCUGGCUGCUCAAGCUUGGUGGCAGGGUGAAGACGUGGAAGCGGCGCUGGUUCAUCCUGACCGACAACUGCCUGUAUUACUUCGAAUACACGACGGAUAAGGAGCCCCGAGGCAUCAUCCCCUUGGAGAACCUGAGUAUCCGGGAGGUGGAGGACUCCAAAAAGCCAAACUGCUUCGAGCUUUACAUCCCUGACAACAAAGACCAGGUGAUCAAGGCCUGUAAGACGGAGGCGGACGGACGCGUGGUGGAGGGGAACCACACGGUGUACCGCAUCUCUGCGCCGACGCCCGAGGAGAAGGAGGAGUGGAUCAAGUGUGUUAAAGCGGCCAUCAGCAGGGACCCGUUCUACGAGAUGUUGGCGGCACGCAAGAAGAAGGUUUCCUCCACAAAAAGACACUGA